AUGAUUGAAGAAAUUUGUGAUGUGGAGUUUGAUGAGACUAAUGGCUCCCAAGGAGAAGAGUUUUCUUGUGAUGAUGUGGGUAAUGAACCACUAAGGAAAGUCAUGAAGAACAUAGCCAUUGGGCAAGUCAAGCCAAAGGAGGAAGUUGAGGAGCUACCAAAUUCAUCCACUCAAGUUGAAGCCACUUCCAAAGAUGACUCCAAGGUUGAAGAGAAGAGUACACCAUCACAUCACCAUUAUGAGUCAUCCGAUGAAGAAGAUGUCGCCUCACAUCGUCCUCAUAACACCCAAGAUGAACAAGUGGUUGAAGAACAACUUCCAUUUGAAGACACUUACAUCACAAGUGAACAAGCCCAAGCUCGAGCCCAAGAUACCGAACCACUAGAAGAUUCAUCAUCUCAAUCACAAGAGAGGCUCACAAGAACUCCAAGGAAUCAUCCCAUUGACUUGGUCAUGGGUGACCCCUCCGGUCCGACAGCAGCCAAGGAUGCCUCACUUGCAGCCGCAAAGGCCCAGCUCCCGCACUACUUGGCCACUGACUCAGAGGACUCGGAGGAUGACGAGGACUACAUUCCUACUGUUUUAGUCACCCGAGGUGCUCAUGAUGACGAGACAGGACCCUCUAGUGGAGCCCGAGCCCCUGCUCCUCCUGUUUCAGCUGCUCAGGUCACUCAGCCUAAUUCACUCGCUGCUAUUCUUCAGAGGCUCACUGAUCAGCAGGAUCGAUUUGCAGCAGCUCAGCAGAGCAUGGCAGCUGAGCAGGCUUGUCAGCGGGAGGCCCAGACCCUUCUCCAGUUCGACCCUACUGCUCCUGCUCCACCAGCUGGCGGCUUCGUGCAGACACCCCUUGCGUCGUUCCCGAUGUCUCCACUACUUCAGACCAGGGUGUUCGCCAGCCCAGCUCCUACUCCUACUCCUGUUCCUCAGCGGAGUGUGAUGUCCGCAGAGCAGCGAGCAGAGUUCCUCCGGCAGCAGCAGGUCCUGCACCAGCUUCAGCACACCUCGGCUCAGUCGCUCUCUUUCGAGUCACCUACUCAGCCUGAGCCGAUCCGUUCAUCUGCUGUUCGUCCCACUCUGCCAGACUCGAUUCCUGUCACAUCUGCUCCUCGGACGGACUCAGUCUUCGUCUCGGAGCCAGCUGCUUCUACUGCUCCGCCCACUUCUGCUGCUCCAACGACUCUAGUUGCGCAGAAGUCCUCUACGGCUGACGACGACUGGACGGACGACGACAUCGACGACACUGCCACGCAGUUCACCACUGGACCCAGCUUGAGGACUCCGCCUUCUCCAACCCAGGACUAG